GUUACUGGUGAUCAUCCAAUCACAGCGAAAGCAAUUGCCAAAUCGGUGGGAAUUAUCUCGGAGGGGUCGAAAACCGUUGAAGACAUCGCAAUCGAACGUAACUGCACUGUGGAAGAGGUGAACCCGAAUGAAGCGGAAGCUGCUGUCAUUCACGGAUCUGAUUUGCGCGAAAUGACUGAGGAACAGCUAGCGGAUGUUAUCGCCCAUCAUCGGGAAAUUGUAUUCGCCCGGACUUCUCCGCAGCAGAAACUGAUGAUCGUCGAAGGCUUCCAGCGACAGGGACAAAUCGUCGCCGUAACUGGUUGGUUUUUUUUAUGGUACUACAGCUGUUAUUAA